UAUGUACAUAUAUGUGUAUAUAUCAUCGAUUUAAAUAAGUAAAUAAAAAAAUUUAAGCAAAGAAAAUUCUGCCAUUGUAUAUUCGAGAAAAAUUAGAGAAGAGCGCUUUAUCCUUAAAAUUUUAUAAUUCUUCUACGCUAUAAAACAAUUCUCUAAAAUUUAUUCAAACGGAAGCGACUUCAUUCUUAUACCAAUGGAAACAAAAUAUAAUUGACGUGAGAAGUACCUUUGACGUUUCUCUGUUUCAAAAGAUCUCAUACUCCUAAUUUUUUAAAUUAUCUUAUUUUAUAUAUUUAAGUAAUAAAUCUUAAUUUUUGUAUACAUUAUCUGCGUGAAAGCGAUUAUUUAUAAUUUCGUGUGAUUAUCCGUGAUGACGGAUAAUGAAACGGUAGCCGGAACGGAGGAUGAACUCGAAAAUCAUCCCGGUGUGAUAUUUCCGCAUUUGCAAGAACUCGAGAAAAGAUUCUUCGAGCUUGUCGCUGACGGAAAUGUCGCCGAUGUGCGACUAUUCCUGCAAGAUCAUCCCGAUUUCAAUAUAAAUGCCACAAAUUUUCAAGGCGUUAGCGCGCUCCAUAUCGCCGUCAAUGAGAGAAACACGGCGAUGGUGGAAUAUUUAUUGUCUCACCCGGACAUCGAUCCGGGCGACACGCAUCUGCACGCGAUCAGGGAUAAUCAGGUGAGGAUCACCGUAUUGAUACUGAACAAGCUGAAUGAAUUGACACCGGGCCUCGAAUACGCCGGUGUCACUCACAGCCCCGAUUUCCCGGACGACACGAUCCCCCUCGCCGUCGCGGCGCAAUACGGACACUUUGAAAUGAUUGAUAUGCUCAGAUUCCGACGUCACAUUCUGCAGAAACCCCAUCCGCCUAGUUGCAACUGCGAUGAAGUCUGCAAACCAGAAAGAGAUAAGGGUGAUAUCUUGACUAUAGAGAAAAUGAGAUUGUUCCUGUACAACGCGAUUUCGAAUCCGGUAUAUAUUUGUCAAACUGAGGAUGAUCCGAUUCUACGAGCCUUUGAAUUAUCUGCCGAACUCAGCAGGGAAGCUUCGUUCGAUAGAGAAUUUUAUCCCGAUUACAAAGCCUUGUCUAGCGAGGUGUCGCAUUUCGCAACGGACUUGAUCGGAUGCGCUCGUACGGCCGAAGAAGUCGAGUGUAUAUUAAAACAAACCGGCGGUUUUGGUCGUACUUCCACUUUCGUAUACCCAAGACUUUUGCUGGCUCUGGAUUACGAGCAAAAGACCUUUGUGGCUCAUCCGAAUGUACAGCAGAUCGUUGAGAGUAAAUGGAUCGGCACCUGGCACGAGUGGAAGGUCAGAAGCACGUGGUUAAAGUGUCUGUCGGUGAUCCCGCGGAUCGGCAUGCUACCGAUCGUGGCGUUCGUCGAGCUGUUCGCCCCGAACUCGAAAUGGGCCAAGUUUUACGAGAUCCCGGUCAAUAAAUUUCUCUCCUCCGUGGCGAAUUACUUGAUAUUCCUCACGUUUGUGUUUCUGCAAUCGCGCAGCGACAAAACUGAACAGCUUCGUGGACCGCCCGAUACCGGAUACGAAUGGAUUCUUGCUAUCUACGUGAUAUCGUAUACAGCUGCAUUGAUUCGACUCUGCAUUGUGGACGGUCCAGUUAGAUGUUUCAGGACGCGUACAAAUUGGUACGAGCUAGUUAUGCUCGUGCUGUUCAUUCUGACGUUUCUCUUCUGGAUAGUUGCCGCGUUGGACGUUAGAAUGAACGGUCAACGUGAUUUAGAAAGAAAGUACUGGCACAAGUACGAUCCGACUUUGAUAGCGGAGGGGAUCUUUUGUCUCGCGACGAUCAUGGCGUUCUUUAAACUAUUGUUCAUCUGUCAACUGGACUACGAUCUCGGACCUCUACAGCUUUCCCUUGUCAAAAUGAUUAGGGACGUCAGUCACUUUAUCACGAUAUUCGGAAUCAUCGUUAUAGCCUUCACAGUCGGGUUGUGCCAUCUCUAUCAAUAUUAUAACGGAAUGGUACAGACCGACGACGAAUCGAAAUUGAAGACGGAGCAGGAGAAUUCUUUCGUCGAUUUCAAGUCCACCCUGAAGACCCUUUUCUGGGCUGUUUUUUGCAUGAGCCCAGUGGAAAGUGCUGACGUGAUCAUCGAGAAUCUUCCGGGUGAGAGGGAGUCGGAGACGAUAAUCAAUGAGCAUAGCUUUACCGAAUUGAUCGGUUAUCUCGCUUUCGCCAGUUUUCAAUUCAUCUCCGUGGUAGUUGUUUUGAAUAUGCUAAUCGCAUGUAUGGCGAAUACCUUCACCAGAGUGACUGAUAACGUUAACGUGGAGUGGAUCUUCGGCCGAACUGAGGCCUACGUCGAUUUCAUGCUUACGACGACACUUCCACCACCGUUCUGCAUCUUCUCGAUAUUCACGGGGCUGCGGCCGGUGAUCGAGUUCAUAAAAAUAUUGUUUAAGCCACCGCCCGGUAAACGAGCACGAUGGGACUUCGUGAAUUGUUGCUAUAUAGAAGAUCUAGAAGAGAAGAAAGACGAGCGAUUCGCAGAAGUUAUGGCGCAAUUGGUGCAACGUUAUCUUCGUCAAUACGAAAGGAGAGUAGAGGAGACGGACAUGCAAAAGCUGAGGAAGGAACUGAUGGAAUUCAGUAAUAUUCUGAAGGAGGCUCUUAGUCCAUCUUAGAUAUUUCGGUGCACACAUUCUGCGAACGAUUAUUAAUUUUUUAAUCGUUUACGUCGACAUAACGCAUGACAAAAACUGAAUUUCUGUAAUAAAAAGUAGUAGUACUUAUCUUUUAAGAAAUAAGAAAUAUUUUACCAGAUUAUACUUUCUCUUUUUAUCUUUCUCUCUCACGGUAAUCUGUUUUGUCUGAAUCGAUAAACGGAUUGUAAUCGAAUAACAGAGGAAAUAUCGUUACAUAUUUAAAGGAUUAUAAGAGUCUAACAAAUCGAAAAUAGAGUACUUUUUAACAUUGUGUAAAAUUUUUAUUCAAACAAAUAAACAAAUGUUUUUUUCUGUGAAAAAAAUAUAUUUUUAAUAAUAAACUCAAUAUGAAAAAUAACAAAAAAGAUUAAAAUUCUAAAUAAAUACGUGAAUAAGAUUCAACUUCGAUAAUUAUCUAAAAUAAAAAAUAUUAUUUUUGAUAAACAAAAUAUCACUAUUGUUUCAAUAUCUUUUGCAUUUUUUUUAAUUUUAUUACUAAAAAUACAUAUUUUUUAACUACGAAACAUUAUUUUUCUAUUUGUCUAAAAAAAUUUGAGUAUCUUUUUCAAUUUGCUAAAUUCCUAUAAUCCUUUCAAGUGCACUGUCAGAUAUUCUGUCAGAUUUCUUUCUUUAAGAUGUAAUUCCGAGAAAAGAGGAGAAAUAAGUAUACGUUGUGAAUAUUGCAUAUGAAAUGCAAUUUCCCACAACGAGGGAUUGUUAAUUUAAUGCGUCUUCCGAUAUGGCUUCGGAUGCUGAGGAUUGACGUUUUUAACGAUCGAGGAAAGGAGGUCGCGCAACGCAUCGACGUGAUAAAUCGAGCUUAUAAUUCAUGAAUUAUUCCUAUGGGGGGAAUUUUUCUCCCGUUCUCCGUCUUAAAUAAUAAACGCGGGUCGAAAGAAAACGUUUUUCUUUUUAUACCGGGAACGUGCGUACGCCCGUGUCAUACUUUCGUGAUCUCGUUACGGAUUCACCGCGUAUCUCGGCAGCCAUCGUUAAUAAUUUGCGAGCGCGAUUUAUACGCUUCGUGCGUCAGACACAACUAACGAAGCAUAUUAUUUCUGUCGUGCGUAUGUAUGUAUGUAUGCGAGUACAUGUGAAUAUGCGCAUGGUUUACUGACACAGCUGCCGUUAAUUGUCGCGAUUGUUCAGCAAUUGACGUAACUUGUCUCUAUCGCGUAAUCUUUUUUUUGGUAAGAUCCAUCUUUUAUCUUCUAAAAACUUCAUUUAUGAAUCCUAGCGAGAUGCUCCAGAAUAUUAAACAUUUAUCUUUUUCUCUGCUUUAUCGUGUGUAAAAUCUCACUCCUGAAAUCUAUCUUCUAACAUUAUGCCUUAUAUACCAUGUAACUAAUAAUUUUCCAGUUUUUCGUUUCCUUGAUACUCGAUCACAUAUAAUCCAAAUCUCAGCAUCCUACUCUCUAGAGACACAUUUAAUUGGAAACUUCAUCCGAGAAAUUCAAUUCUAUCAAGGAGAAACGUUAUACGGUGAAAGCACAGGCCGAAAAUUGUGACGAAAGGGAGGAAACCACUCCAUUAAAUGAAUGACAGGUGAUAUUCGUCGACAGAGAACCUCGUCGACAAAUCAUGAAGGAUAAGGAGAACCCUCAACAUCGCUUGUGCAACAAUAUUAUCGCGUCGAGGAAAUUGAAGCGUAGCAAGUUUCGGAGGAAUCUCAAUAUCGUUCUAUUUAAUGAAAAGCUACAACAAAUAUAACAUGUACUUAAUAAGGAAUAUUCAUUAUUCCAUUUAUGUUAUGUUUAAAUAAUUAAGGUAUUUUAUUUUUUAUGCAUGUUACUGAUACGUUGCUUUAAAAUACGCAAAUAAUAUUUUAAGGGAGCAUACCCGUUUAAAAUCUCGAAAAAUGAAUACAUUUUUAUAUUUUUAUAUUUUUUUGCAGCGCAACU